GGGAAGAUCUGGUCCAUCUUCUUUGAUUUAAAAGCACCAUUUCUCACUCUUGUUAUUCUGAUCCUGCUUUGUUCUAUAGAUGGCUAAAAUUCAUGGUAAUAUCUUCACCUUAUGGUUUUCAAACACUCCUGCGGUUGUCCUGCAAGGGUUUCAGGCAGUGAAGGAAGGUCUUACUGCUCAUGCUGAAGAUGUUGCUGCAAGGCCCACAAGCAAAAUUUUUCACCUUCUGACACGUGGAAAUGGUGUUAUAUAUGCUAAUGGUCACCUCUGGAAGCAGCAGAGGCGUUUUGGAAUUGCAACAAUGAGGAAAAUGGGAGUAGGGAGAAAAGAUAAGGAUUAUCUACUGCAAGAGGAGGCUGCUCACCUGGUGGAAUACUUACAGAAAACAAACGGAAAACCUCUGGACCCCACUAUGCCUGUUGUUCAUACGGUCUCAAAUGUGAUUUGCCUUGUGAUUUUUGGACAUCGUUUCUCCAGAGAUGACGAGAAUUUUCACCGCCUGAUUGAAUCCUUUGACACCAUUUCAGCAUUUUUGAACAGCGUCUCCUUUUUUAUAUAUGAGUUGUCUCCCUGGCUUGCUGGUCAUUUUCUGCCAUCAGUUAAAAAGCUUAAGUCCUGUGUACAUUUUGUGAAUGAUCUGUUAGCAAAGGAACUUGAAAGUCACAAAGGAAAAGGAAAAUUUGAUGAGAAUCAAUAUUUUAUUGAUUACUAUUUGGAUGAGAUAGAUAAAACUAAAGGAGAUGCUGAUGCUACUUAUGAUGAAGUAAACUUUCGCCAGACCAUUUUUGACCUCUUUAUAGCAGGCAUAGAAACUACAGCCACCACUUUACUGUGGGCAUUGCUCUAUAUGGUGAUUUAUCCUGACAUUCAAGAGAAAGUCCAGAAGGAGCUGGAUGCUGUUGUGGGCUGUUCCCACGUAUUUUGCUAUGAGGACAGGAAAAAGUUGCCCUACACAAAUGCUGUAAUUCAUGAGAUCCAGCGAUACAGCAACAUACUCUUAAUUGCACUGCCCAGACUGAGUGUGAAGGACACAGAGCUGCUGGGAUAUCAUAUUCCAAAGAACACCAUAGUUUUAUCAAAUAUUGACUCUGUUCUGGCUGACCCUGGAAAAUGGGAGACACCUGAUCAGUUCAACCCAGGCCACUUUCUGGAUAAAGAUGGAAACUUCAUAAACAGAGAAGCAUUCUUACCAUUUGCUAUAGGGCACCGUGUGUGUAUGGGGGAGCUGUUGGCAAGGGUGGAGCUCUUUAUUGUCUUUUCUACCCUCCUACAAGCAUUUACAUUCACCCUGCCAGAAGGUGUGAAGGAAGUCAACACCAAAUUUGUUUUUGGGAGCACGAUGAAGCCACCUCCCUACCAAAUCCGUGCCAUUCCUAGAUAGGAAAUGGCAGAUUCAGGGAGGAGUUACUCUAAAACUGCUUCUGUAUGUGAAUUACUUUUUUCAUGUCCUAAGAUUUUUGCUUUCCUCUUCAUUUGCUUAAUCACUACUCUGAAAGAUUCUUGGCAAACUGUUGCAUCCUGAGCACUAUAAUUAUAAAGGGUUCAUAUUUUGUUCUUUUUUUUUCUGUUUGGAAAAUAUUUUUCUCCUUUGGAAAAUAAACUUCUCCUGAGGUGUAACAAAUAAAGACAUUAAGGGAAGAAUUACAGUUGGGACUUGUUUAUUACCAACUGGAAAGAGGUUUUACAGAAUCUUGAAGUGUGAUCUAUAAGUCUCAUGAAUAAAGAUUCUUUCUCAUAAGCCACAGUUGCAUUUGUGGAGAUGGGUUCAGAGGUCUUCCAGUCUGUCUCGUGGUAUCAGUGGUUGAAGAAGAAGCCCUUGGAGGAAGGAAGGCAGAAGUAUGAUCUGAGGUAACAUUCCCUUAGACUGAUAUGGUUUGCUGUUGAGAAGGCCUGUUGUAUACAACUCUAUCAUUGUCACUUGGGAAGAACAUUCAGGGUUUCACCCACUAAACCGGGCAGCAUUUCAACCCUUCUGAUGAAAAUAGAAAAGUGUCUUCAUCAGGCAGUUGUGGAGAGCUUUUCAUAUCCUUGCAAAGAGCAACAACUGGAAGACAAAUGACAACAGUGAGCAGGCACAGUGUUAAUUUAUUCUUUUUUAUGAGCCCACUAUUUUCAAGCAACGUGGAAACUUUUUCUUCAUGCCAGGUAGUCUACUUGUGAUGAUUGCUCCAGAUCCUCCAGAAGUUUAUUCAGCUUCAUUUUUUCUUUAAUUUUUAAAAUGGAUUCUUUAUCACAGUUAGAUGACCUCACUUAGCACACCAUGACCAAGAGUAUAUUUGGCAUUACUGAAGAGUUCUGGAAGCCCUUUAUGAGCCAGGUGCCUAAGGAAUUGGCAAAAAUGGAUGUUUUCCGCUGCUCUGCUUACUGGCAGUUUAAAAGGGAUUUUCUUUUAUGGCAUUGGGAUACAUUCUUCUUGUAUGAGGUACAAAUUGGAUACUGCAUGCCAACACAGAAAGGAUUAUUUUUAUACACUGAUUAGCUGACAGUGCCAUCUCCAGGACUGACAUCAUUAUCACAGCUGCCCAACUGGUGUUUUAAAGCACCCCAGUCUAACAGGCAGGGAUGUGCACACAGGAUCAAACCUGGGUUGGCAGUGUCUUCCCCUGUAGGAUUACCUUUAUGGGAUGGUUCUACCCAUAUCCAGCAUGUCCUGGCAGGUGGUUGGUAUGAAGUUUCCUCAUACUGGACCUGCAAACAUCCCCCGGGCAGUAGCUCCACACUGGGUAUCCACUUUAUGUCAAGACUGAACAGGGAAGUGCAGAAGAAGACAAAACCCUCUGUGAGUUUACCUAGUGCUAAUAGGUUAGGGAAAAAAGUGAGGUCAUACAUCAAUCCAGUCAUAUUUUCAAUUACAUUCAAA